AUGUCUUCAGGUAACCAGUGGUCAGCAGACGAGGACGAAGGCCAGUUAUCCCGGCUGACGAGGAAAUGCAGAGCCUCCCCUUUUGUCCCCGUGGGCAUGGCGGGCUUCACGACUGUGGUGUCCUACGGUCUUUACAAGUUAAGGCACAGAAACAACCAGAAAAUGUCUCUUCAUCUGAUUCACAUGAGAGUGGCUGCCCAAGGAUUUGUUGUUGGAGCUGUGACUAUAGGUGUUCUCUAUUCUAUGUAUAAGGAUUAUGUUAGACCUCAAUUCUUCAGUGUGUCCAAGAAAUAAGGCUCUAUGCUGGAAGCAAGAAGAGGCUCCUGCCGACUCCAUGAAGAAGGAAUUUUCUAUG